CGGCACUGAGUGUAGUAUCAACAUCCAGGAAAACUAAUAUAGACUGUUUACCUGUUCAUCAUGAUGAAGCUGAUCCUUUCUCUGACUCUGAUCUGGGCGCUCUCCAGCACAGCUGGAGCACUUGUGUGUCAAACUUGCACAAAUCAGCAGUGUUCAAGCACGAUACCACUAACGUGUUCCUCAGAGACAAUGUGUAUAACAGCUUCCAUUCAAGCUACUUCAGCUGGAACCCCAGGCCAGCAAAUCUACAAGGCUUGUGCAUCGUCCUCCCUGUGUCCAGCCGCAGGCUCUCAGACAUAUUCAGCCAACUUGGGAGCUGCGAGUGCACUUGCAUCUGCGACAUGCUGCAACACAGAUAACUGCAACUCAGCUACUCUACCAUUCCCUACUACUCCAGCAGAUAACAGCCUACAGUGUAACUCUUGUGACCCCAUGACCUCUCAAUGCACCAACCUAUUACAAUGUAAGGGAUCGGAGGACCGCUGCUUUCAAGCGAGCUUGACAGCUGGGUCCACAACAUCUCCGGCCUUUGGCUGUGCAUCUGCAAACCUGUGUGCCGCUGCUGCCAGCCUGGGUAACCUACCUUUUCUGCAAAAUGUUGGUAACAUCAGCAGCGGACCUUCCUGUUGUGGGACCAGUUUGUGUAAUACUGUCACAACAACCACCGCCCCAACAACAACAACAACAACAACAACCACCGCCCCAACAACAACAACAACAACAACAACCACCGCCCCAACAACAACAACAACAACAACAACUACCAGUGACGCAGGUUGCAUCAGACUGGGUAUGAUCCAUCUGCUGCUCGGACUCCUUAUCUUUACUCUCUGGUGAGAGAAAGCAGGGACGAAGCACCUUUGAAGCUCCUCUAAGGACUCUGAAAUGAUUUCUUUAAGCCUGGUUUUAAUUUGGGUUUACUGCCCAUUGCCAUCUUUUGUUCGCAAUUACAGGGGCUAGAAAACCCAAAUAUAGGAAAAGAGGGGAUGUAGUCUGGAUGAAGCUGAGGUGGGACAAGUUAGCAGCAAAGUAAUAGACACACAACUGAACACUACUUUUUUUGUCCACUAUCAUCUGGAAAAGGAUUGUAUAUUUUAAGUAUUUGUUUAAUUGUGGUGUAUUAGUUUGUUGGCACAUAUUUCACAAUUCCAUUCUAUAAUUACAAUUUAUAUACAUCUCAUUGCAUAUUUUGUGUAUUCUCUGAUUCUCUGUAUUCUCUUAAUCUCAAAAAUAUGUUGCAGUAGUUUUACUUAAUAUGAUUGAUUUAUUCUGUACUGUAGCUAUAUAUCAUAACCUGCCUAAUAAAGCUUUUCUGGUGUAUGAAAUGACAACAA